AAUUGGCCAGUGGUUCGAGGCCGAAAGCACUAGGAGGCCGGGUUUUGGCACUCUAACUCCCUAAACCACCAAUAAAACAGCUGAAUUUAACGGCGUAAUAGUCGUAAUGCUGACGAUUGAGGGACAGAACGAUUUUCCAAUGGAAGUGAGUAAAGGCAGGUGGGCGGAGCGCUCUGUAGCGACAGACACACGUUUAGGCCAAUGACCAGGCCAAUUUGGUAAGUAGGCGUGCUCUCCAGUUGAGCGACAGAUCAAAGGAACCAGUGAUCGGCGUGACGUCUGAGCCCCAACCAAUCAGGAGGGCGGGUUCCCCUGAAGACGCUCUGGGAGGCGGGAAGAGGGGAAGUGGGCGGAUCUCCGCACACCCCGGCGGAAGAGGCAGAUUCAGGAAGCCAUUACGCAGCUGGCUGGCAGCGGCCGGGCCGGUCGGGGCUGGGCCCUACGCACUUUGCGUAGCGAAGGGGGUUACCAAAGGCCUGGUGCUUGGCCUUGGGCAAGCCCGGCCUCUCCCCUGUAGGGGGGGGUGUGUGAGGGGCCAGGCUGGGGAAGAAGGGAAGGGGAAUUGGGGCAGUUGAGGGGAUUAUAAUUUCUUUAAAAAGGGGGGGUGGGGAGAGGCCAUGGCUGUCCCAGCCAAGAAGAGGAAGAUGAACUUCUCUGAGCGAGAGGUUGAGAUCAUCGUGGAGGAGCUGGAACUAAAGAAACACCUGCUGGUGAACCACUUCAACGCCGGGGUCCCUCUGGCUGCCAAGAGUGCGGCCUGGCAUGGCAUCUUGAGAAGGGUCAACGCUGUGGCCACCUGCCGUAGGGAGUUGCCUGAGGUCAAGAAGAAGUGGUCUGACCUCAAGACCGAGGUCCGUCGCAAGGUGGCCCAGGUCCGGGCAGCGGUGGAGGGUGGCGAGGCCCCAGGGCCCACUGAGGAGGAUGGAGCCGGUGGGCCUGGGACAGGUGGUGGCAGUGGCAGCGGUGGCCCAGCUGUAGCCCCCGUCCUGCUCACCCCCAUGCAACAGCGCAUCUGCAACCUGCUGGGUGAGGCCACCAUCAUCAGCUUGCCCAGUACCACAGAGAUCCACCCCGUGGCCCUCGGACCCACAGCCACUGCAGCUGCAGCCACGGUCACCCUGACACAGAUCCCCACGGAGACCACCUAUCACACACUCGAGGAGGGAGUGGUGGAGUACUGCACGGCAGAGGCCCCUCCACCCUUGCCAGCCGAGGCCCCCGUAGAGAUGAUGGCCCAGCACGCCGACACCUCAGUCAAACCCCAAGCACUCAAGAGCCGCAUAGCCCUCAACUCAGCCAAGCUGAUCCAGGAGCAGCGGGUCACCAAUCUGCAUGUGAAGGAGAUCGCCCAGCACCUGGAGCAGCAGAAUGACCUGCUACAGAUGAUCCGCCGCUCCCAGGAGGUGCAGGCCUGUGCCCAGGAGCGCCAGGCCCAGGCCAUGGAGGGCACCCAGGCAGCGCUGAGCGUCCUCAUCCAGGUCCUCCGACCCAUGAUCAAAGAUUUCCGGCGCUACCUGCAGAGCAACACGCCCAACCCCACGCCUGCCUCUGAGCCUGGACAGGUGGCCCAGAAUGGGCAGCCCGACAAUAUCAUCCAAUGAGGGCAGGGAUUGCGCCAGCUUUCUGCUAUGAUUGGAUGACACCACUGUGGUCUUGUAAGUGGGUUCCAUGACUGGCCUUAGGCUAGGGCUGGUCACAUGGCCAGCUCUCUCUUUGACAGACUGUUAGGAAUCCACUGUUUCUCAGAAGUGAGGGAGACUGAGCAGAACUUGUGCUCCUGGGAGCUGAACUGCCUUACCCCUACCAUUUGAGCUGCCUUGCUGAGAGCUUGCAGAUUGGUUAGGUGGGGUUUGGGUACUGGUGAUACAACACGUGGUGUCGAGCCAGGGCUUGUAAAAGGACACAAUGGGAGGGGAGGUUCUCACUGGUGGCCUUCUCAUAGCUUGGGGUGGGGGGGGUGCCCGGAGGGUCUGUGCUGAAAUGCUGCCCCACCCCGCAGUGUCAUCCUUUUGAAUGAGAUAAUGUCAGUGGUGCUGGCAUGGGCACAAUAUCUUCUUCCUCCCUUGGGAGGCAGAGUGACUGGGCCUGAGGAGGAAGCUCCACCCUGUUCUCCUUCCCACUGUGCCUCCAUUCUCAGGGGACUUUAGUCAAUCUGUGCUCUCUCCACACCCCACCCCACUCCGGGCGUAGCAGGGACCCCUGUUAUGCCCCCAGGCUGCCUCUGCAUUACACCCAGGAUGCAGUCCAUGGGGCUCAGGAGUGCUAGGUGUGCUGGGGACAGCCUGGCCACCAGCCAGUCUUCCCUGCAUCCUCAGGCAGCCCUUCCGUGGUUGGUCCUGACAGCUUUUUGACUCAGGGCAAGAUUCCGGCUUUAGGUGCAGUAAAUUUGAGAGAGAACGGACCAAUGUGGAAAUUCAUUGCUCCCCUGCAGUGGUUCUGAGGUGACCAAUUGGCUUCUUCCAGAAGCUUGCUUCAAGCCAGUUGUAUUUAUUCUAUACACUUAUCCCUCCUUGGAAGGGGCAGGCAGCUCUGGCCACAGCCUCCAUCCUGUCCUUACUGGCUGCAUGAUUCUGAAACUCAGUGUGGGGGGAGAAAGAAAAAGAAAAGUAUGCGUGUAGGGGGAAAGGGCAUCAGGCCCUAGAUUCCCUCUCACAUUAUUCAGCACCUUGUGUUCUUGCGAGACCCCAACUGGCUGCCAAGGUGAAUCUAAAGGCCUGAUCAGCCCUGAACAUUUGAGGGGGAGAGCCAAAGCUGACCCAAGAAGUGGGAUCUUUACUUUCGUGCUCGGGAAAGAGCAGACUGACCUCGGAGCACCAAAGGAGGUAGUGUUCCGUGUCCCAUCUUGAUGCUCUUGCCCCUUUUGUGGGGAGUUUACCGAGAUGGCACUUGCUUGGUUCAUUUCCAGAAUUGCCCUUGAUCACUGAGACCCUUACAUCUUCCCCAAUCAUUCUCCAGGAUUGCCAUUUUGCUGCCGAUGCCUUGGCUACAUGGGACCAGUGGUAACACCUCAAGGCUCCAGAUCUCAGCUAAACAAUGAAGGUGUUGCCCUUCUGGGCAACUUAUGCUUAGAAUGCUCACUUCACUGUUGCAAUCACAGGAAGAUGCCCCCAAAGACAGUUGGGAGGUGACUGCGGAACACCAGCCUCUCUAGAGGGCAGGUGUGGCGCCAACUACUGAGCAAUGGAGAGGAAUCAGACUGGGGAGGGGGGUGGGUGACAGAAGGAAGCUCAGUGGAGCCAGAAAGCUACAGCCUCCAUGGAGCCGGAUGGCCCUGGCAGGGAAUCUAUGAGGCUUUCCUGAGGCUUUGCCACUUGGUUUAGUUUUUCUUUGGGGUUGGCAAUCUGAGCCAAUAUUGCAUCUGUUCCAAUUGGUAUAAAGAGGAGGCCUGGAUCACUUAAACUGACUGUUCCUUUCCAGGUCAUAAUUUUAAAUUAAAAAUAUAUCACUUUUUUUACACA